ACCCAUACUGAACCGAUGUUUCGGGAUCGGAAUCGGUACAACGUAAAAUCCCAUACCGAACCAAAAUAUUUGGUACGCUCGAUGUCAACUUCUGAAUUGGCAGUAUUGGCUGCGGGCAUAUGGGCAAUCUGGAAGGCCCGUAAUCAUGCUUGCUGGGAAUUAAAGGUAGUUAAACCUGAGAUCGUGGCGGAAUGGGCACGUGAGAUAUGCAUGGCUAGGACAGGUAGUAUGUUGCAGGGUGACACGGUGUCGACGUCGACGCACCAAGGGCCACAUCAGUUUAGUCGGCCAGAAAUAACACGCUGCUUCGUUGAUGCGGCCGUGUUUGAUCAAAAUAAUUCUACAUCAGUGGCGGCCGCUCUGCUUGAUGGCACCGGCAGGUUCGUUGGGGGCUUCAACAAAUUGGUUUCAUGUCCCUUGGUGCCGAGAUACGUGGAAACAGUGGCUAUUAAGGAGGCGCUCUCAUGGCUCAAGGAGAAAAAUAUCCAAAAAGUCUCUAUUUUUUCAUACUGUGCUCAAGCGGUUCAAGCCUUGAAGAAUGGCGUGUCAGAGAAAUGUAUUGGAUAGUGUGCAAAAAUAAAAGUAGACAAAUAUAGUGGGACGAAAAGAGUAUUACAUUGUUUCAAGGUUUGGCUUCCAUAUAUCUUAUAAUCUGGAACUUGAAUGGGUGAAAUAAGGAGUAAAUUUCAUCAAUGAUACUUGAACUUUAGCUAAAAUUUCGAAGUGAUACCUCAACUUCACAUCCUUUCACAAAAAUCCCUGAACUUACACAAUCUUUUCCGACCCGCCGGAUUUAGCCGGAAAACACUCUGACUCGCCAGAAAGGAUUGUGUAAGUUCAGGGAUUUUUGUGAAAGAAUUUGAAAAUGAGUACCACUUCGAAAUUCCAGCUAAAAUUCAAGUACCAUUGAUGAAAUUUACCCGUCAAAAUAAGGCAUUUGGGUUUUUAUGAAUAGCACGAAUCACCCACCACCUAGUGCAGCAAAUGGCAAUGAAGUGGAACUGUGUUCCCUGCAAAGAUCCAGUACUAAUUACCAACUGUGCAAUGGUAAUUUCCGAGCUACUGCAAUUGGCAAUAAGAUCUGUGAGACAAAUCUAUUAUUAGAAAAGGUGUUGGAAUGCAAGGAAGCUCUAUUGUGGAUAAAAUGUGAAAGUUUUUCGUCUCUUGUAAUAUUCACAAACAAAACGCAAUUUAAUUUGCUUCAUCAUCAAAUUGAUCUCAUCUUGGACUUUCAUGUUGGAAUUUCAAAAUAUUUCAUUGAAGUUAAUUACCUUAUCUUACAUACCAAUGAUGUCCCCUGCCUCUUUAGAACAAAAAUAAUAAUUUCUUUUGUUAAAAUAAUAGCUUUUUGAAAGCAAAUAUAUUAUUAGGAACAAAAAGCUAUUUGAAAGCUGUUUAUAUAAACCGUAAAACCUUGGAAUAAAUUGAGAACACAAUUGUUCUAUUAUACACCAAUUCGACAUCGGAACCUUACAUGGGGUAAAAAGAAUGGGUGACACUCAAAUAAUUUAGGCUGAUUUGAGAAGAAAUAGAAAAUCAAGAAAAAAUUUCCCGAUUAAAAGAAUACCAAAAACAGAAAAAUUCCAAGGAAGUCAAUCCAAAUGGAAAAAAUCAAAAGCUCAGAAUUUUGCAAUGCAUCCGAUCAUGUUCUUGAAUCACAAGUCCAGACAUAAAUUUUGCAAAUUCAUCACUGCAAAUUGGACCUCAAACCAUUCAAGAAACAGAUUUCCAAAGCUUCAUACCAGAGAUAUAUAAACUUUGAAAUAAAGUGGAAAUCAACUCAAACAAUGUGAAAAUCCUCUCAGAAAAGCUUUCGCAUAGAAAGUAUGUUCAGACAAUCAACACGGCAUCAGUUUCUGACCGCCCGUCUGGUUUAUCACAUCACUGAGAAUUCACAGAAAAAUAUCGAUCCAUAAAGAAAUCCCCAUCAAAACUGAAACUAUUUUAAACUUGAUUUGUAUGAAAAUUAAUGUAAAAUUGAAAAUAGAUGUGUGAAUUGGAAAUCUAUAUCAAGAGUUCAACAAACCCAAAAUAAUCGAAAUCAGACAGAAAAGGAUUAAAAUUUGACCUUAUUUUCUGUACAAAGAUGAAUAAAAUGGCAUCAGAUAUUAAGCGGAGUAGAUAGUCAACACGAUUUAUGAUCAGUGAUUAGCAUAUCAAGAAUCGUCAUUGCCAUAACAUGAUAUAAUAACAGAAAAACAUAAAAAACCGUAUAAAAAAUAUCAGACGGUUCAUUUGACACCAUCGCAAUGGAGAAAAAAACACAAUGGGUUGGUAAGCCAUCCUUUGAUUCAAUUGAUUUCUGCAUCGUUUCUAUCUCCAUUAACGAAUUUCGGCUUCGCUAUGGAGAUGGUAAAUCCGAUGCAAUCUCUGAAAACGCAAGUGAUCGGAAAAUACAAACCGACUAAUGUU